AUGGAUCACAGCAUCAAUUUAAAAAAACCGCCUUUACCUCAAAUUGAAAACGAAAGCUACGAAGAUACAGAGGAAGAUGAAGCUGACGAAGAUGAAGCUGACGGAGAGGAAGAUGAACAGCAUACAAAAAAAGUGUGGCUACAUAUUUCGAGAGCUCAAAAGGAAGUGACAGAAGAAACAGUCUUAAAACACAUAAAAGUCAAGACAAAGUGUGAUGAAAACCAACUUUCAGUAACGCUAUGCAAGGAAACAAACGAGCAAAAAAGCUUUAUGGUUGGACUACCGUUUGAAUUCCACGAUGAAGUCUACAAAAGUGAUUUUUGGCCACAAGAAAUAGGAUACAAGCGUUUUUACUUUGGAAAUAACAGGCAACAAAAACAAACUUUUUUAUGA